AGGAUCUUGGAUGAGUUGAACACCAUGUUCAAUGAGCUUCAAACUCCGCUAGCCACUCGAAUUUGUAACAACGUUCCUAUUCACAACGAGUUGGAAGUUGGAAUGAAUCACUUUAGCUUGAUAACGCAUACCUUUGGUCCGAUUAAUCAAUCUACCUGGUGUAAUGCAUUUUUAAAUUAUGCUAAAAUGUCACUGGCAAUGUAUCAAAACCGAAUGGAACCUGCCAAUCCUCAGGUAAUUGCUUACUCUCUUUGA